UCUCUGGAGGGGACGCGUCUCAAGAUGAGCGCUCGGGGCUCCGCCGCCGCUCACAACCAGCUGGACACGCUCGCCCGCCGCAUCGCACCGCCCAGUAUAUGAAAGAAGGACAAAGCAUCCAGUAACUGUCCACUAUGAAGACUUUGCUCUUCAUCUUAGCAACGUGCCUGGUGGCAAUAUGCGAUUCGCAGCGGCGACCACCCAGCUACAGUUUGGACGACAUGCCCGAGACUAGCUUUGAUUGCCGAGAUAAGAUCUUGGGCGGAUACUACGCUGACCCGGAGACCGACUGCCAGAUGUUCCAUGUCUGUGUCAAAGUGCCUGGAGUCGGGGUACAGAAUUACAGGUUCUUGUGCCCGAAUGACACUGCCUUUGAUCAGGAAAGCCAAAUAUGUGCCAGCUGGUAUGAUGUUGAUUGUGAAGCCGCGCUCCUGUAUGCAGACAAUUUCGACUUAUACAGGAUUGGUUACGUGCCCAGUAGUCCGGCGAUUGUGGCCAGCAAGGCGACGGCGCUGCCCCUGGGCCCGUCCACGGCGGCACCCUCUCGCCCGCGACAGCCCUUCAACUCACGCCAGCCGCAGCUAGACGACGAGUACUACCUCCAGGCCGGGGACACCGGCGACAGGCGCCUUCAGCCUAAGGAUGUGCUCAGAGGUAGCAGCAGCGGAAACUUCUUUAAUCAGAAGAAAGGCCGUGAGGAAGAGGAGGAGGCUGUGAUUAGCAAGAAGAAAGUAGCCGUGCGCAAGUUCCGUAAGCGGCCGUCGCAGCAACCCGAAGACAACGGACAGGCGGCUUCUACGGCGGCACCGACGACGUACUACAGCACGGCAGGCGCCACCAGCUCGCGCAGCACCAGCGGCAACACUUACCUACCACGUUACAAUACCAUCCAGCGCACGUCACAGACCCCAGUGCCCGUCGAAGCUGUUUCGCAAACGAGGCGCACAACCUUCCAGCAGCGCCCUAGCACCGCCGCUCCUGCAACAGCCUCCAGCGCAGCUAGCAACUAUCCGGAGCAGUCCAGAGACAACUACAACACAGUCGCCGACAACUACAACUACCAGUCACGCCAACAACAGAAUAACUACAACUACGCGUCAUCCACGGCGGCACCGCGAACUAACAAUUACAACUACCAAGCUGAAACGAGACCUAACUACAACGCCGCCUCGCCGACGUCCUCCACGCCGCUUGACAAAUACAGCUACCAAACUGUGCAGAGGAACGGCAAUAGCUUUCCGACUACUACUAUAGCCCCGUCUCGAAGUAACACAUACUACAACAACGAGAACGUGAAAGGCAACUCAGACUUUGCUGGUACUACUGCAGCUCCUCUUUCUGAAACUACUUUCUACCAACAGAGAAACAGAAAUGUUCAGCGCUACGAUACAUUCGCUCCCGUGACCACAUACGCCCCCAACGCAUAUUCGACAAGGAACUCUUCUCCAAAUACUGAAUAUGAUUCAAGUGGAAACACUGUACCCCAGAGGUUCAAUACGGGCCGCGACUCAGCUAGGGUGAGUGUCGGUAGUACGUCUGCGGUGACUUCUGCACCGCUUGAAGCUGAAACAUACCAGAGAAACAAUAACUUCAACCAACGUGGCAGUGCCAACUCAUUUUCGACAACAACGGCAAAGCCUGCAUACACGUACUACGAUGAAUACGAAACUAGAAGUACAGGCAGCAGCGAAGAAUACAACAAUUACAACCCCAACAAUUAUGACUAUCAGAGGACGAACUACAACGCUGCAGUACCAGGAACAUUUACUGGAAAUGACAGAACAAAUGGCGAAUCUCUGAGGGCAGCACCCAGUAACAAUUACGGCCCUAGCAGUUUCAAUUCUUUCCCUAACGGCAACAGUGGAAAACCAGUUGCUGGUUCCAGUACAGGCAAUGAUCAAAGUCAAUACAACUACAAUAGCGGGAACGGAAACUCUGAGCAGUAUAAUAACAGAGAAUCGACCUAUUUCACUACAAAACAGGAAAAUUACAACGCUGUAAAUGCGUCAGUACAACAGACAGCCAGGAGUAACUAUUACUCUAGUGACGUGACAAGUAGACCCAGCACAAACCAGCAGGUGCCAGCCUUUUCAGUGAGACAGCUACCUCGCACAACUGACGAUGAAUCGAGUAGUUAUGACACUAGCAACAAUUAUAGAACCACGUCGCGUCCAAGGUCUUCCUAUAACACAAAUGAAGUAGCUUCCACUUCUGUUACUAGUAACACCAGAAGUAGUUUUUACACUCAAACGACUGUGGCGAAUACUGUGACGACACAACGGCCGCAGUACACCCAGGCAGCAGUACAGAAACAGUACACCGACGCUGCGAGAAACCAGAGCCCCACGUUCAAGGGCGGCAAGGCGCCUACUGUUGUAAAUAACACAGCCUCUGCAGCCAAUAAAACUGUGCCAAAAACCGGAGACAUUGCGUAUGAUUAUGCUUACUAUGAUGAAACAGCGCCUUCCGAAUAUGAGGGCUUGGACCCAAUAAGCGAUCGACAUUUCGGAAAAAAUGCAGAAUCUCUUAAAGUUGCGAGAAGGGCAACCAAGUGAUGAAAUGAACUGUAAAAUAUCAACAAAAAUCUGCAACAAAAUGUAAUCAGUACAUAUAUUCGUCGAAUAUAUUAUUCCAGUACACUUCACGUUAUGUGAACUGAAUUUUAUAAACAGUCCUAAGGCAAGUACGUACCAUAAAUGGUAAUGCCAAAGACCUGUUACUGAAUGCUGAAAACGGAGUGAUUCAUCAAGAACUGAAGACGGUGGAAAAUAGAGCUUUAAGGUUAUACAUUUAGCAUUAAUCACAUCAGUUUCAUAGAAUUGUUUUGUAGGAACGCUGCUGUUCAACUGAUAUUCCAAAGUAGUAAUUGUUUUUCAACAGUAGUUAACUGAAGUAAUAAGUGAUAAUACCUUUUGUGUUCAAAUAAACGUGUUAUGGGUACAACAUACAAAUUCUAGCAGAAAAACAUGCUCUAGCUCUCAAACGAUACAGCGUAAGAUGUUUACCAGUGGUCUCUAGCACCCAGUACUGGCUCAGGUAAUCAAUAUCUCCUGUAAAUACGAAUUUUAUGUAGUAGUAUUUUUAAACAUUUCUCACUUCAUUUGUCACCAAGAUAAAAUAAAAUAUUUGAGCAGAUGGGUCGCACACGAGUCUUCAUAUAUUUCUAAAAAAUGAGAAUGUGAACGAGAUAUUAGCUGUGUAUUUAAUUUAAUUGGACUCUCAUUUUCAUUUACAGGAAAGUGGAACAAUAUGUCUAGUUUUACAACUAUGUUAUCUUACAUGUUAUAGCCUUGUAAGAAUUAUACAAAAACGUCUAAUCUGCAUCAAGAGAAAAGAUGGAAUAAUUUCUAUAAAAAGAAAAUCGGUAAAGUAGGCUAUAUCUUUGUGUGAGAAAACUUAAUUCAGUUACGCUCUUAUACAUGACGCUAUGUCAUACUGUGUUCAUUCAUGUAAUUUUUUUUAAUCAAACCAUUUCCUCGUCCCGUGUUUAGAACUGAAAUUUUCCUGAGACGUCAACUGAAAAUAAAGAUUUACAUCCUGAAUAUCCAAA